AUGGCCAAACCCGUGAUCUCGACCGAUCACCCCUCUUUGAAGCACAAGCAGAAGAACAAGAAAGUUCCCAUCCCCUGCGCAAAACCCCCCUCCGCCAUAAUCGACGUUGUCAUCUUGUUCGCCGUGCUCCUCGCCUGCGGCUUUCUGCUCUACCCUUACGCCACAAUCCUAUCCCGCAAGACAAUCGAGCUCACAGUGGAAAUAUCGGAUGUGGUCUCUGAGGAAAUUCAUCGAGCACCUUACGUGUUUCUAUGCCUGGGGCUCAGUAUCUUGUUUGCGAUCAUGGCUUUAGUGGCGAUUACGUUAUUUUUAGACAGGCGGUGCGGGAAAACGGGCUGCCGCGGGCUUCAAAAAGCUGCCAAAUUUGAUAUUCAGCUUGAGACGGAGGAUACUGUUCGGAAAUCGAAUUUUCAGGCGAAAAGUGUUUUGAAGAAGGGUCUGUUCGAGUUGACUGGAGAUCAUCACAGGGAAUUGGAGGCCGAGCUGAAGAAGAUGGCGCCUGUAAAUGGGAGGGCAGUUUUGGUAUUUCACGCGAGGUGCGGUUGCUUGGUGGGGACGAUGGAAAUUCCCGGGCCAAGAAAAUCGAGCAAGGUCAAAAAGUAG